UCCCCCUCCUGUCUCUUUCCUCUAUUAUUUUCCACUCAGUUUCUCGUGGUUUAAAAUGGCGGCGUUGAGCAGCGCCGAGUCCCCACCGCCCGUCUUCAACGGAGACACCAUGAACCGCGAUCCGGAGCGGGACACGGGGCUGGACGAGCUGGGCGCGGGGCUCGAACCCGCUUGUCCCGGAGGAGCGGCGAUCCCCGAAUGUCAACAGGACAUCCCCGAGGAGAUAUGGAACAUCAAACAGAUGAUUAAGUUAACCCAAGAGCACCUAGAAGCCCUUUUAGAUAAGUUUGGAGGAGAACACAACCCCCCAUCUAUAUACCUGGAGGCCUAUGAAGAGUACACUAGUAAGCUGGAUGCAUUACAGCAGCGGGAACAGCAGCUUUUGGAGGCCAUUGGGAACGGAACAGAGUUCUGCUCCUCGCCCACACCCCCCCUGCUGGAUGUGAAGGGCCCGGGCAUCCAGAACGCACCUGCUGCCCCAAACACCUUGGCUGUCCUGCAGACCCCCACAGAUGUGACACGAGGAAAUCCCCGCUCGCCCCAAAAACCCAUCGUAAGGGUUUUCCUGCCCAACAAGCAGAGGACAGUGGUUCCAGCUCGUUGUGGGAUGACAGUGAGAGACUCCUUAAAGAAGGCUCUGAUGAUGCGAGGCCUGAUCCCAGAAUGCUGUGCAGUUUACAGGGUUCAAGAUGGGGAGAAGAAGCCUAUUGGCUGGGACACAGACAUUUCCUGGUUGACAGGGGAGGAGCUUCACGUUGAGGUUUUAGAGAAUGUGCCACUGACGACCCAUAAUUUUGUGCGAAAGACCUUCUUCACGCUGGCCUUCUGUGACUUUUGCCGGAAGCUGCUGUUUCAAGGCUUCCGCUGCCAGACCUGUGGCUACAAGUUCCACCAGCGCUGCAGCACAGAGGUCCCGCUCAUGUGUGUCAACUACGAUCAGCUGGAUUUAUUGUUGGCAUCAAAAUUUCUGGUGCACCACCCCAUGACCCAGGAGGAGGUGUCAUCAGAGGGCACGACACCCAUGUCAGAGAUGUGUCCAUCCAUCCCUCCAUCCGAGUCCACUGGGUCUCUGUGCCAUCCUUCUGUGUCCCCGUCCAAAUCCAUCCCUAUCCCACAGUCCUUUAGACCUGGAGAGGAUGACCACCGCAACCAGUUUGGCCAGAGGGACCGCUCUUCCUCAGCCCCUAACGUCCAUAUCAACACCAUCGAGCCGGUCAACAUUGAUGAUUUGAUCCGUGAUCAAGGCUUACCGAGGUCAGAUGGAGCCCCCUCGCAACACCCAGCCCGCUGCUUGAGGAAGAACCGAACACGGACCUCAAGCCCCCUUCUGUCCUCCCACCCCAAUGACAUUGUCUUUGAUUUUGAGCCUGAGCCAGUGUUCAGAGGCACCACAACAGGCCUGUCGGCCACACCUCCUGCCUCCCUGCCUGGUUCCCUGCCCAAUGUGAAGGUGUCCAAAUCACCCUGCCAACCGAGAGAGCGGAAGCCAUCGUCUUCCUCUGAGGACCGCAAUAAAAUGAAAACCCUGGGUCGACGGGACUCAAGCGAUGAUUGGGAGAUCCCAGAAGGUCAGAUCACCCUGGGACAGCGGAUAGGAUCGGGCUCUUUUGGAACAGUCUACAAGGGGAAGUGGCAUGGUGAUGUGGCGGUAAAGAUGUUGAAUGUCACAGCUCCCACUCCACAGCAGCUGCAGGCCUUUAAGAAUGAAGUGGGGGUCCUCAGGAAAACCCGCCAUGUGAACAUCCUGCUCUUCAUGGGCUACACCACCAAACCCCAGCUGGCUAUUGUUACACAGUGGUGUGAAGGCUCGAGUCUCUACCACCACCUGCACAUCAUCGAGACCAAGUUUGAGAUGAUCAAGCUGAUUGACAUUGCCCGGCAGACGGCUCAGGGCAUGGACUAUCUCCAUGCCAAGUCCAUCAUCCAUAGAGAUCUGAAGAGUAACAAUAUAUUUCUUCAUGAGGACCUAACAGUAAAGAUUGGUGAUUUCGGUCUGGCUACAGUGAAAUCCCGCUGGAGUGGCUCGCAUCAGUUUGAGCAGCUUUCUGGCUCUAUCUUGUGGAUGGCUCCAGAGGUGAUCAGACUGCAGGAUAAAAACCCAUACAGUUUCCAGUCGGAUGUCUACGCGUUUGGCAUUGUGCUCUAUGAGCUCAUGUCAGGGGCUCUGCCUUACUCUAACAUCAACAACAGAGACCAGAUUAUCUUCAUGGUUGGCCGGGGUUACCUGUCUCCUGACCUGAGCAAAGUGCGCAGUAAUUGCCCCAAGGCCAUGAAGAGACUUAUGGCAGAUUGUCUGAAGAAAAAGCGAGAGGAGAGACCUCUUUUCCCUCAGAUCCUGGCCUCUAUUGAGUUAUUGGCACGCUCUUUGCCUAAGAUCCACCGCAGCGCUUCUGAACCAUCCCUAAACCGCGCUGGAUUCCAGACAGAGGACUUCAGCCUGUAUGCCUGUGCUUCCCCCAAGACGCCCAUCCAGGGUGGUGGCUAUGGUGAAUUCUCAGCGUUUAAAUAGUGCUGCAAGUCCAAAACUCCAUCCCUUGUCAGUUUUUACGACGUCUUGUGUUCCUACGGUGGGUUCAUCCAUAACACAGAAAAGGACUAGUUUUCAAAGAAUGUGCUGUUUUUCUUCCUCUUUACCCGAAGAGCUACGGCCUCAAUGGAAUUGCUUUAAAAUAAAAUGAUCUCUGCAGGGUGUCAUUGCUGAUUUUGCAAAAAUCUCAUAAACAUCACAUAGGACAAUAUGUGAGAUUAUACACACAAUGCAGCGUACAACAAAAACGACUGAUGUGAGAAACCAACAGCUGCUCACUGGAAAGAAAAAGGCAAACAAACCCAAACAGAUUUUGGCAGGGGAUGAAAACCUUUCCCCAAGAAGGAAGAUAAAUGGGUAUGGGAUGAAUGAUAUUGGGAGCACAAGCCCCGCCUUUGUUCCACCCCUGGAGUGGAACAACACACAGCACUGGCCAAUCAGAAAACAGGGCCCAGUGGCAUGGAAUGAUGGGAAAAUUGGCAUAAAGAGAGGACGUCAAGUCGCAGUCAUGGAAAGGUGCUGAAUGUCAGGAGAUAACUUGAACGAUAUUUAGAAACGUUUUUUCUCUUGCAAUGAGUUUGUUACGAGAUUUCGCCUGUGGCUGGAGUUACUAAUAACACAGAUUUCUUUGGUCUUCAGCAUUUUUUCCCCCUCAAGGGUCAUAUGUUGUAGAUAAACAGACCCUUUUUCAGUUACAGAUAUAGUUUUUGAACAGUGGUAAAUGAAGCAACCAUCGAAAGACCUCUUUUUUUUUUCUUUUUUUAAUAUACAUAUAUAUUCUGUAGGUUUUUUUGCUUUUAGUUCUUUGUCAAGGCAAACUAGUAUUUUUUUUUUAAUUAAUUUAUUUUGCAUUUCACAUGUCCCACGCAGAGAAGCCUGGGGAAAUGUUUUUUGCCUCUCUUGGAUCGGCACAAAUACCAUCAGAUAUGUCCGAGGUGGGCAAAAUCAAAUGGGUUUCCGUGCUUCUAAAGAAUGUGAUUUAGUUUGAUUCAGUUUCGCCUCUUUAUAGUAGCUGACGUUUUGUUUCUGAACAAGUCAAAGGUUUUAUUAUUUAAAGUUUCUUGUAGAAAAACCCACUGUAUAAAGCAAACACGAAGCCUUGCUAUAGAGUAACAAUGUGGGUGUAUU